UUGGGGACUCUACUUUAUCUACGGAGAAGCUUAACAAUGAUCUAUAUAUGCACCAUUCUAAAGUGCGAAGUGCGGCAUCAGUAGCACAAAAGCUUUGUUCCGACCACUCAAUUGCUUGCAAUCCUGUGACAGCAGGGAGCAUGGACCAUUGGAUUGAAGCAUUGGAGAACGAGAGCAGCUAGGAAUUGGUCGUCCGCGACGGCGACCUCACUCAACCGGUUUUUCUCCGGCUGUUGUUAUCCUUCCAGAUGACAAUGGUGAUGUUAAUCCGUAAGAUCAACUCCCCUUUGUUCGAGUCUUUGCGGGAAGCUUCCUGGAGUUGCCGGCGACGACCUCCUUGCUCGGUUCGUCUCCGGCUGUCGUUGUCUGGGAAUUGAAGGCGGAAAACGAUAGUGGCGAUAUUAACCUAUAAGAUCAACUUCCUCCUUGAGUAGCUUCCGGAAUCGUCUUCUUGGCUCCUUUCUGAGAGUGACCAGGCAUCAGCUUCGUACGUACAAACAGCAUAAUGGAUUCACAGCCUUGCAGUCUCUGUGUACGUGUUUUUCCACGCUGAAUUUUCAAAACGCGUCGUUGACUCGAUGACUCCAAACGCUGCUAUUUGCCCGGGCUCCUCAUAUCCCGCUGGCCUACAACCGCAUCCUCAUCAUAUCCCGCUGCACCACCACUCCACCACCUAUUCCACCUUCGGCCGCGGAUACGCCACGGCCAUCCACCUCUUGAGCUCCGAGCACUCCGGCUCACCCGUUGCACUUCUCCGGCACCACUGCAGCUCCUCCCUUCGAAUCGCCGUCACGCCCACUUGCAGCACGCGAGCGGGCUGCUGAGCCAACACCGGAAGGAGCCUCGGUAUUGAGAUGUCUGCACCGGUGGUCAGCGCCACCAUGGGGGCGAUGAACCCCCUCAUAGGCAAGCUCGCCGCACUGAUGGGUGACGAGUACAAGAAGCUCACGUCAGUCAGGAAGCAGGCCUCGUUCCUCAAGGAUGAGCUCAGCGCCAUGAAAGCUCUCCUUGAGAAGCUUGAGCUCAUGAAUGAACUGGAUCCCUUGGCCAAGAACUGGAGGGAUCAUGUGAGGGAGAUGUCCUACGACAUGGAGAAUUGCAUCGAUGACUUCAUGCGAGACCUUGGAGGUGCCGAUGCCAAGAUGGGCUUUAUAAAGAAGACGGCUAAACGUCUCAAGACGCUGCGGAAGCGUCAUCGUAUUGCUGAUCGGAUGGAGGAGCUCAAGGCUCUUGCUCUACAGGCAAAUGAACGACGCAUGAGGUACCUUAUUGUAGUAGAUGACUUAUGGGAUCAAUCAACAUGGAAUAUUAUAAGUUGUAUCUUUCCGGAAGUUGGUAAAGGAAAUAGAGUAAUAGUAACUACACGAAUGGACGAUGUGGCUAUGUGCACUUGUCGCAACAACCGUAAGUGUGUUUACAAAAUGAAACCCCUCAAAGAAGAAGACUCAAGAAUGUUGUUCUUCAAUAGAGUAUUUGGAUCCGAAUAUGAUUGUCCACCCCAGUUUAAAGACGUUUCAGCUGAAAUAUUGAAGAAGUGUGGAGGGUUGCCACUUGCAAUCAUCACUAUAGCUAGUCUAUUAGCUAAUCGUCAAACAAGAUCAAAGGACGAGUGGGAGAGUAUAAUAAAUUCUUUGGGCGCCAAGUUUGCCACAAACCCCACCUUGGAAGAGAUGAGGAGUAUACUAAACCUUAGUUACAUACAUCUUCCCCUUCAUCUUCGUCCAUGUCUCCUGUAUCUUGGCAUGUAUCCAGAAGACAAAAAGAUCAAGAGGCAAGAUUUGGUUCUACAAUGGGUAGCGGAAGGCUUUGUCAAUAAUUGUCAUGGACUAGACUUCGAGGAUGUUGGGAAGAGUUAUUUUAAUGAGCUUAUCAAUAGAAGCUUGAUUCAGCCUACUGGAACCUCAAAUUCUGGAGAGGUGGAAUAUUGCAGAGUACAUGAUAUAAUGCUUGAUUUGAUUGUCAGCAAGUGUGCGGAAGAAAAUUUUAUCAGCGUGGCAUAUAAUUGUGAAGACAUGGCAAGAAUGCAUGCCUACGAGUACAAGGUUCGUAGAUUGUCCUUGAAAUCAAGCGCCAAUGAUGCAACAUUGGGGAUCAUUGGUGCUAGCAUGUCACAAGUUCGAUCAUUUGCACAGUUCGGAGAGUCCAAGUACACACCUGCUCUUUCAUUAUUUAAGUACCUUCGGGUGCUCGUGUAUGACUUCCCAUACCAGAGGGGCACGACAGUCGACCUCACUGUUAUUGGUCAAUUGUUUCAACUAAGGUAUCUGAGUGUUUGUGCAUUCGCAUGCAUCAUAGAUCUCCCUACUGAAAUUCGAGGGCUUGUUCAUUUGGAGACGCUGGAAAUAUCUGGCCAUUCAGCACAAAUCAUCCCAUCAGAUAUUGUUUGCUUGUCACGGUUGUCUCGUCUAACCCUUCCCUAUGGUACGUGUUUGCCUCAAGGGAUUGCGAGCAUAAAAUCGUUGCGUGAUUUGCACUGCUUUGAGAUUGAGAAGAGUUCGCUAGAGGAUAUUAAUGGACUUGGCGAGCUGACCAAUCUGAGGUACUUGGGGUUCCGCAGCCAAGCAAUGAUGACGGAGGUAGUUGAUGCUUUGGUAUCCUCAAUUGGAAAGCUACGUGACCUCAAGCACCUCUUCAUUCAUAAUGAGCCUUCUAAACACUAUUGCGACCCCAUGUACUCAUUUUCAAACCCUCCUCUUCAUAUUGUGGAACUUCGUCUGGGAGGAUGGCGUUUGAAGGGAAUUCCCAGUUGGAUUGGAAAGCUCCAUUGCCUCCGCAUCCUGUAUCUGUCGAUUGGGAACUUGUCAACUGACGUGGUUCAUGUUGUUGGAAAGCUGCCCUCCCUCGCCGAGCUCGUUCUCACGGCGUUGCAUGUCACCGGAGACAGGGCUGCUGCUAUAAUCUGCAUGGGAUCAUUCCCUGUCCUGGAGGUCCUUAAACUCAUCUCUGAUGGUGAUGAUGAUGCUACGACAUGCAUGGAGUUCAAGGCGGGGGCUAUGCCCAACCUACGCGAGCUCACUCUAGGAAUACGUGAUGGAUGGGGUGGUGUUAUGCCACUAGGUAUGGAGAACCUAUUGGCCCUCGAGCGCAUCUACGUAAGUGUUGAAUCCUCUGUCCACAAGCAUUGUGAUGUCAAGACUGCCUUCACGAGCGCCGCCGAUCUGCACCCAAGAUGUCCUUCCGUUAAAAUCUAUCCGCCUUCUCUAUAACUUAAAUAGCCCCCCCUUGUAUUACUUCUUUUAUUCAUUCUCCCAUUUAUUCACCGAGUGUGGGUCCUGUUUACCAGCUAAAGACACUGCCCUUGUGAUAUGAUAAUAAGGAAAGGGCCAAGGCCGCCCUCUUCUCUUUUCCGCACCAAUCCUUAUUGUAAAAUUAAGUGGACUUUUAAAGUUUCACUCUUGUAUUCAUAAGGAUGCAAAGCAUGUAGCCUUCAAAGAGCACUCUUGGGUACAUGAAGACAUUUGUUCCUGCAUGAUCUGAACUGACAUAUAAUCUCUACAUCCUGUUGUAAAUAUAUGCAGCUGAUCUUGGAUGCGUA